AUGGGCCGAAAGAAGAAGAGAGGCUCCAGGGUGAAGCCCUUCUGCUACUACUGCGACCGUGGCUUUGAUGACGAGAAGGUGUUGAUCCAGCAUCAGAAGGCCAAGCAUUUCAAGUGCAGCAUCUGCUGCAGAAAGUUGGACACAGCUACUGGGCUUGCCGUGCAUCUCUUGCAGGUUCACAAGGAGCAGCUCGCCAACGUCCCUAACGCCCUGUCUGGAAGAGAUUCUGUCGAUGUCAUCGUGCAUGGAAUGGACGGCAUCCCCAACGAGAUUAUUCAGGAAAAGUUGGCCAAAUAUCAGCAGCGAGCAGAUGGAAAGGCGAACAGGAAGCGGGAGCGUGCAAACUGGGCACAGGUUACCAUGGCACCGGCGACUCUCGAGCAUUUCAUUUUGCUAGCGCAACAAGGGCAGCUCCCCCAGUUUGAAGGUGUUCCUCCUACGCCAGUUAUUCCAGGGCUCGCUGCUUCUCUGCCCUCCUUUGGGGUCGCCAAUCAAGCAGCGCAGCCUCCGGCGUUGCCUGUUCCGCCAAACUUGCAAGGCCUCCUCAGCCAGGCCACGGGUAUGCCAGUGCCUGGCAUGCCGGCUGCCCCGGGGGGUCAGCAGCAGCAACCUUUUGGGUAUUCCAUGGGGGGGGGCCCCCCUCCUGGGCCCCAGGGGAUGGUGCUGCCGCCUCAGCAGCAGCCAGGGGGGCCCCCUGGGAUGGGCCAGGGGACCCUUCCCCCCGGACUCAGCUCGGGCGCUCCCACUGGUGUGAAGCCAGGGCCUCCUAUGGCAACUCCCCCCGCAUCCACAGGCAGGGCAGGCGGCAACUCGAUGGUGCCUCCGGGGCCCCCCCCCGUCUUCAGCACGCCUCCGCUGCCUGGCAACAUGCGCCUCAUGUACACCGACGACGCUGUGUCUGUGGAGGAGAAGCGGGCAGCCGAGAUGCGCCGGUACUAA